AUGGAGGCUUCUCGUGGCCCUCCGCGUGUCAAGAACAAGGCCGCUGCGCCUAUUCAAAUCUCUGCGGAGCAGCUGCUUCGCGAGGCUGUCGACAGACAGGAUCCUGGCCUGCAGGCCCCGACACAACGUUUUGCAGACCUGGAAGAGCUCCAUGAAUAUCAGGGUCGCAAGCGCAGGGAGUUUGAGGAUUAUGUUCGGCGCAAUCGCAUUAACAUGAACAAUUGGACGCGCUAUGCAGCCUGGGAAUUGGAACAGAAGGAAUUCCGCCGAGCGCGGUCAAUCUUUGAGCGCGCGCUGGAUGUCGACUCGACCUCCGUCAUACUAUGGAUUCGCUACAUCGAAGCUGAGAUGAAGACCCGAAACAUCAACCAUGCCCGCAACCUUCUCGACCGCGCCGUGACGAUCUUGCCUCGUAUUGACAAACUCUGGUACAAGUAUGUAUACAUGGAGGAGACUCUUGGAAAUAUCCCUGGUACUCGGCAGGUUUUUGAGCGUUGGAUGUCAUGGGAGCCGGAGGAGGGUGCUUGGAACGCAUACAUUAAACUCGAGGAACGAUACAACGAGUUUGAGAGAGCGCGUGCGAUCUACCAACGUUUCACCAUAGUGCACCCCGAGCCGCGGAAUUGGAUCAAGUGGGCUUAUUUUGAGGAGAAUUAUGGCACGAGUGACUUGGUCCGCGAGGUUUAUGGCUACGCCAUCGAGACUCUGGGCGAAGAUUUCAUGGAUGAGAAGCUCUUUGCGGCCUAUGCCAAAUUUGAAGCCAGGUUGAAGGAGUAUGAACGGGCCCGAGCAAUUUACAAAUAUGCCCUUGACCGGCUUCCACGAUCCAAGACCAUGAUUCUGCACAAGCUAUACACCACCUUUGAGAAACAGUUUGGUGACCAGGAGGGCGUUGAAGACGUCAUUUUGUCCAAGCGCCGGGUGCAGUACGAAGAACAACUGGAGGAGAAUCCACGAAACUACGAUGUUUGGUUUGACUUUGCACGACUCGAAGAAACGGCAGGUGACCUCGAGCGUGUACGAGAUGUAUACGAACGGGCGAUUGCACAGAUCCCGCCAUCACAAGAGAAACGCCAUUGGCGCCGUUACAUCUAUCUUUGGAUCUUUUACGCGUUAUGGGAAGAAAUGGAGGCCAAGGAUAUGGCGCGCGCUCGACAAAUCUACCAGGAAUGCAUCAAGCUGAUCCCUCACAAGAAGUUCACCUUUGCCAAGGUGUGGCUCUUGAAGGCUCAGUUUGAGAUCCGGCAAAUGGAGGUUACAACGGCACGAAAGACGUUGGGUCAAGCCAUUGGCAUGUGCCCGAAGGAUAAACUCUUCCGUGGAUACAUUGACAUCGAGCGCCAGCUGUUCGAGUUCAUGCGAUGCCGAACCUUAUAUGCAAAGAAGAUUGAAUGCAAUCCCUCCAACAGCCAAUCUUGGAUUCAAUAUGCACUGCUUGAACGUGGCCUAGACGAUGCGGAGCGGGCGCGGUCUCUUUACGAACUUGGCAUCGAGCAACCGACUCUCGAUAUGCCCGAGCUAGUGUGGAGGUCUUACAUUGAAUUUGAGGUAGAGGAAGGCGAGUACGACCGUGCGCGUCCGCUAUACGAACGUCUUCUGGAGAAGACAGAUCACGUACGGGUGUGGAUUGCAUACGCCCGUUUCGAGGCCAGCGUGCCGGCUGACGAGGAAGAAGAUGGUGACGUCGAGGGCGUGUCUGAGGAUGCCAAGCGAAAUGCACGGGCAGUGUUUGAACGGGCCCAUAAGCUUUUCAAGGAAAGGGACUCUAAGGAACAGCGUGUGGAACUGCUUACUGCGUGGCGUGCAUUUGAGGCCAGCUACGGUUCGGCCGAAGACCUUGCAAAGAUCGACAAACAAAUGCCGCGGCGGGUCAAGAAACGGCGCAAGUUGGAAGACGACCGAUACGAAGAAUACAUGGACUAUGUCUUCCCGGCGGACGACAAAUCGGCGGCCAAUCUAUCCCGGUUGUUGCAAAAAGCACACGAAUGGAAACAGUCGCAGGCUUAG